GAGAAAGAGGAAGUCGAGCCGCGAGAGCGGGACGCGAAGAGUGAGAGAGAAAGAGCCGGAUCCAUCGGAGAGGAGAGGGAAAACCACGGGGCUUUUGAAAAAGUUUUAUCUUGUCGGUACGCUCGGCCUCUCAGACGCUACCGAACGCCGGUGCGGUGUUGUUGGCCACGGCGUGGUCGCGCGGCCUUCUCGCCGACAAGUAGCGAAUAAAGAGAGCGAAAGAAAGAGAGAGAGAGAGAGAGAGAAAGCCCAGGUCGUGUGCCGCGAUUUCCGGUUUUGAUCGGUCCUCCCGGUCAUCAGCUUCCGCCCGUUCGGUCCGUUCGCGCCCCCUCGCGAACGUUCGCGCGAAAAGAACCACCGAGGACCAUCGAGGAAGCCCUCGACGAGCAUUAUUCAUCAGGACGAAAAGAGCAGCCGUCCUUGAAGGAAUCAUUUUUUCAUCCGCUCGUUUCGCCAUGCAUCGUCGCUAAGGUGUCCCAUAGGUGUCGAUUGAGAGAAAGAGCGAGCGAGAAAGAUCAAGAGGGAUAGACAGUAGAGAGAGAGAGAGAGGGAAAGGAAGAGAGAGAGGAAGAAAGGAAGGGUCAGUCAGGAAGAGGACGAAGAGGUCGAGGAAAGAAGUGACUUCUUGCCGGUCGCGACGAAUGACCAGCAACAAGAUGAAGAACCGUGUGUUGCUAAAGAGUGCGUUGUUCCUGUUGCUGAUCGCGGCGGACGGCCUCGUGACAGCAUCCGAGGAUGAUGACCUGAUUUUCGAUCCGGAGGGUAAACAACCCGCGGUUCAAGCGCCAAUGAUCGAAACGCAUCAGGACGAAACCCUUCUUCAUAGGAUAAAGAGAGGAUUCUUCGAUUUAUUUUCCGCACCAUCGACAACAACGCAAGCGUCGCCAGAAGAUCAAGAUCAAGAUCAAACAUUUGACAACUCGGUCAUCUUAAACGGCCAUCUCGGUGGAAAUGAAGGAAAUCAUACUCUCGAUCAACCUGAAACACCAAGUGCCGAAACGAGUAUUGGUAUCGAAAGGUUGACCCUUGAAAAGGACGAGGACAACGACGAAGAAGACGACGAACAUGAUAAUGAGAUAAGCAACGUCGCGGAAAGUCAAAGAAUACCGAUAACAUAUGGGAAUUCCGAUGACGAAGAUUUGGCCGGUUCAGGAGAGCUCGAAGGCAGCGCGAACGAAGAGAGAGAAGAAUUGGGCCAUCAUCCAAACAUAAUAAACCAACAUCACAAUGUUGACGGAAAAGCACGAUUUUACCGGAUAACAUUGACAGUCGGCGAGCCGUACAGACGAGAGUACUCUGACAGGAACAGUCCUGAAUAUCGAGAAUUGAGUGGCAAUCUCACGCAUGCCCUCGAGAACUUGUACAAUCGUUACAUUCCGGGAUACCAUCAUUUCGCCAGCGUCGUCAAGAUAUCACCAACUUCUGACGCAUUUACGUCACAAGUUACCUUAGACAUUGGUUCGACGUUCACGGACGAGCUUGAGGUGCGUGCCAUCCUAGAUCAACAGUUGCAGUAUCAUUCUUUAGACGGUAUCCAAGUAGGUCCGGAGGGAUUCACGUUCAGGAUAUUCCAAGCCAGGGAGAAGAGCGACCAGCCGGAAUGCGAUCAAACGGCCGAAUUAAGAUGUAGAAGCGGCGAAUGUGUGCCGUUAGAAUCGCGCUGCGACGGCAUAUUACAAUGCAAUGACGGUUCCGAUGAGGAUAAUUGCCCGACAGAUUCGCUAAAUAGAACGAGCGAGGAUGAGCACACCACUGUGGAGUCACCGUGGCGUUCAGGAUAUUUCCCGGUAGAUUCGAGCGUGAAGGAACGCAUUUUACCUUCUGAUGUAAAACCAGAAGUAUCAGACAUCGAAGGUGACGAUAGGGAAGAUGAGGUAUCUACACUGAGGUCAUCAUCAAACAUGUGUCGCGCCGACGACACGGUACGCUGUCAAGACGGCAGUCGUCACAUCUGCUCGGUGCAGCAGUGCGACGGCGUUCCGGAUUGCGAUGACGGUGGUGACGAGAUCGGCUGUCCACAUCCAGGCUGCAGCGCUGGAGAAUUCGCAUGCGAUGUAAACAGAUGCAUAUUGGAAUCUCAACGAUGCAACUUUGUGGAAGAGUGUCAAGACGGUAGCGACGAACACGACUGCAACUACCCCGUCUGCUCUUCAACCGAAUUCAUAUGCAGAAACGGACAGUGCAUCGACAGUAACAGAUACUGCGACAGCGUGAACGAUUGUUACGAUGGAUCGGAUGAACACAAUUGCCCCUGCAGGGAAGACCAGUUCGAAUGCUCGCCUGGUUAUUGCGUGUCCUUAUCACGACGCUGUGACGGAUAUACGGACUGUAGUGGUGGAAGGGAUGAACAAAAUUGUCACAACAUGACACGAUGUCGAGCGGACGAGUUCGAGUGCGCCAGCGGUUCGUGCGUCAGUAAAAGCGCAAGAUGCGAUGGACGAAACGAUUGUCUCGAUCAUUCUGACGAGUAUAAUUGCAACGUGACCACCUGUAGCGGGGAUCAAUUCCGUUGUCUGGAUGGUGUCUGUUUAAGUAUCGACAAACGCUGCAACGGAUUCCCUGACUGCCGCAACGGCGAAGACGAACAUCAAUGCGGUUGCGGAGAUGCCGAGUUCCGCUGUACGGACGGUCGCUGCAUCGGCUACGAGUUGCAGUGCAACGGGGUGAACGAGUGUCCUGACGGAUCCGAUGAGAGGGACUGCGAAAAGUAUCCAUGGCGACAUUACUAUAAUGCCAAAAAGUUCGACGCGAUUGCAUGGAAGUUGUGGAUUUUCUACGGGCGAAAAUCUAUAGAACGCCGAAGGAAUAUGAAUAUGAAACCCGAAACGACGGAAAGUGUCUAUCGUCUCACCAUCAAGCCAACCAUGAUGAUCGGUAAACCGAUCUUGGAAGCGUUUCCGGAAGAAGCUCAACGACGGAGAUUCCCAAACUCCACGCUUCAAAAUUCCUCGACAUACUCGACAAGAAUUGCGCCCAAAUCGAAAAAUAACGAGCCCAACUCGUCCUCGCAGCACGACUCGAACAACGCAGAGUUCGGUCGAUUUCGCAAACCUGACACGGAGAAUUGCAAUGACAAUAUCAAAAUUCGUCAUUUAACUAUUAACCGUGCCUUGCCGCAAUUAAGUUCCAAUCCUAAGUUUUUAAAGUUGUCGGAUAAUCUUAUAAGAUCGUUGUUGAGAUUAAAACAUAACAACAUUUCAUUAAAAGAUAUUCGCUUACAAUUUACCAAUAAUCAGAAUAGAACGCGAAAAAUAAAAAAUGAGAAUAAUCUCGAUCAUAAACCGAGAAAAUCGAAUGCAUUCAAUUCAAACAUGACAAUUAAUUCUUUAUUCAGUUCAAAAAAGAACAGAUAUGCUACGGAAAAAAAUAUUUUUAAUAUGAAAAACUGGAACAUUAAAAUAAGAAAUAAUACUUUUUUUAAAAAUAAAGAGAAAUAUUGGAACAAUAUUAAUAUGACAGAAACGAGAUUGGAAAGAGAACAGAAAAAAGUUAAAAAGAUACCGGCAAAUAUAUCGAAUAGAAAUCAUAUUUUCAAUAAUAUAAAAAGACCGCAUCGCUUCGAAGAUACUAUUUUAAAAGCUACGAAAAAUGAUACCGUUACUCCACUGAUUAACGAUUGGAUUUACAAGUUUAUUACUGAAGUUACACCCACAUUUCGACUGAAUAAUUCGACAGCUGCUGAGAUUUCGAAUAAGACAAUUUCUGGAAUGGUAACAGUAAUAAACGACACUGACAUUAAUCGAUAUUUAAGCGUAAUAGAUGUGAAUCGCACACAAUCUAAAAAAACAAUUUUUGCAACUGUGAGCACGACUGAAAAAAUUCAUGAAAAUUACUCCUCGAUGAAGAUAGAAAAAUUGCUGUAUGAAUCUAAGUCUCCAAAUGUAGAGUUACAUCGGUAUUUUCCAACUAUUAAUCAAACCUUUAUAAGCACUGACAGUAUCGAUAAAAUAUCAAUAGAUCCUUUGACUUCAAAUUAUAAAUCGAUUCAACAAAAUCGCGAUCGAGGUAAAAAAAAGUAUAGCACGAGGAAAAUGAGCAAGCAAUCAAAUAGCACUUUCGAAAGAUUCUACGAAAGUAACGGAAACUCGACGGAAAGCAACGACAAGAUUGAUCCCGGUUUUAUAAACUCCAACGAAACGCCCGGAUCAAUAACUAUAGACGAUUACGUAUAUUCAAAGGAAUUACAAGAAUCCAGGGAAAUUCUGGAAAAAGCAUUAAAGGAUGACGUUCUGUUAAACUGGACGAAGGCGUCUUCGACGAGGGCUCCAGACAUCGUCACGAGAAAUGAAAACGAGUUGAGGAUGGAAGAAACUGAAAAACACGGCAAACACAAGUGCAAAGAUCGUCAUAAUGAUCGUAAAAACAACAGGCCCAAGAAGGAGAAGAAAAAUCACGAUGCGAAGCAUAAGAGAAAACCUACGUCAACCGCCGCUUGGACGGUCGACGAAACGACGAGUGUCGAUUAUAGCAACGAUUAUAGCUCAGAGCAGAGAAAGACUAUGUCUUCUCGUAAUGAUUCAGGAUAUGACAAAGGUGACGGUAAUCGGAAUACGAGCAGUGACAAGAGCGACUGGCACCUUACUGAUGAAAUUACAACGGAACCUCUUAAGAUGGAAUCCUCUAGCGUUGAUGAGUCCGUCACAGAACACCUCAUAGAAGACAACACCACGGAAGGACUUCAGUCAAAAAGAAAAACGAAUUUUAUCACCGAUGAUACUACAUUUCAUUCAUCAACAGCGUCUAAAGGAAAAAAAUUUAAGAAAUCUAAAAUACGGAUUACAACAACCACCGAAAACAGUUGGUGGUAUGUUAGAAAAGUAAAUAAUAAAGAAGAUGAAGAAUUGAUUAAUUGUGAAGAUGUUACUUCGUUUCCUGUUACAGGCGAUUCCGAAAAUAACACUGAAAUAGGCAAUUAUAAUAUUUUUACUAACGACGAUUAUUUUUUCGCGUAUGAAAAAAUACCUACAUCAACCAGUGCUAUCUCAUUCUUAAAAAAUUUUGAGUCUAGAAAAAAUGACGAACUGAGCAAUAUAGAAAAAAGUACAACGUAUGAUACGAUUACAAAUCAAAAAAAUAAAGACAGAAAUAGCACAACAGAAAAAUCAAUCUUGGAUAAAUAUGAUAAAAAUAACGAAAGAACAAGUGAAUGGUCCUGGAAUAGGGAAAGUACUACACAUCCUAUAAAGAGGACUAUCACGCACGAUGCGAUUUCGAAUCUCGAUAGUCUAGAGGAAGAAGAUUCAACAGAGAAACCAAUGUCCAGCGAAGACAACGAAAUCGAUAACGACGUCGUAGAGGAUUACGAGGCCGAUAACUGUAACAAGAAUCAGUACGCGUGCGACAAGUACACGUGCAUCGAUGACGAUCAAGUUUGUGACGGUAUCGUAGACUGUAUUAACGCCAGCGACGAGAUUGACUGCGAAUACAUAUACAUGAAGAGAUGGGAGGAGUACCAGAGAGUCAACGGACAGCUCGGGGAGUUCGACCCUCCGUUUCAGAAUUCUAUCGAGGACACGUCGCUCGACGGAUGCAACCGUUAUGAGCAUCCUUGCGACGGCAGGUGCAUAAACGCACUGAACGUUUGCGACGGCAAGGGAGACUGCCUGGACGGAACUGACGAGGAGGGCUGCCCGAACUUGGAAGGUUUGGCCCCGUGCCCUCAUAUGGACUUCACCUGCAGAGAUGGUUCUUGCAUACCGAAGAGCUCGGUCUGCGACGGAUUCGACGACUGCCCUAGGGCAGAAGACGAGCUUUAUUGCGAGCGGGAAUGCACGCCUAACCAGUUCAAAUGCGCCACCGGGAACAAGUGCAUCGAGGAUGUCUACAGGUGCGACGGCCAUCCGGAUUGUCCAGAUCACAGCGACGAGGACUGCGCUCCAUCCGCUAACGACACUACACACACCACUUCGCCUACCACCAACUCGUCCGAUCCACGCUGGACACCGACACGCAGGAGGGAAUGCGAUCUAAGGACGGAAAUGCGUUGCGAUGACGGCGGUUGCGUUCUCCUACGGCAUAAAUGCGACAAUGUCUUCGAUUGCCUCGAUGGCAGUGAUGAGCGGGGCUGUGGGCUAUGUACACCUGCCGAAUGGAAGUGCGCCAGUGGCGAAUGCUUGCCAGAAAAUCAAAGGUGCGAUGGAAUAACGCAGUGCAGCGACGGAUCCGAUGAGGAUCGAUGUGUAACCGAAUGUCGGGCUGGAUGGUUUCGAUGCAACGAUGGAUUGUGCCUCGACAAUAAGAGACGUUGCGAUGGUCGGCCGCAUUGCUCGGACGGCUCCGACGAAAUCGAUUGCCCUCGUAAUGAAUGCCCCGACGGUCAAUUACCCUGUGACAACGGCGUCUGUAUCAAUAAGAACUUCUUCUGCGACCACAGUAUCGACUGCCAUGACGCUAGUGACGAACGAGAUUGCCCGGAUAGAGAAGAGACCGGCAGUUCUGGCCGAGAAUGUCAUCCUGACAGCUUUACCUGCAACGAUGGCAGCUGCAUACCUCGUACAGCGCUAUGCGACGGCCGCGCGGAUUGUCCGCAUGACGAGGAUGAGAUCAACUGUCGUCAAGGAUGCACGCGGGACCAGUUCCAGUGCGCUAACGGAGAUUGCAUCCCCGCUAAUCAGAGAUGCAACGGAUACAUCGAGUGUGCUGAUGGUUCCGACGAGCCAGAGGAAUGCGAGCAACCAGAGAAACCAGAACCAGGUCAAUGCGUAGAGAAUCAAUUUAUGUGUAUUUCGGACAGAAGAUGCGUUCCACAAUCUUCCGUUUGUAACGGAAUUCCAGAAUGCAGAGAUGGAUCCGACGAGCAUAACUGCGAUCAAGGAGCGGAAUGCUCGGAUGAGGAAUGGCAGUGCAAGAGCGGUGAUUGUAUACCUCGACAUCGACAUUGCGAUCGCCGAAUCGAUUGUCCGUACGACGAUAGCGACGAGUUGGGCUGUCACUAUAGGUCGAUGCAAAGAAAUCACAAUAUAUGCAGCACGCACGAAUGGACGUGCAAUGAUGGUCAUUGCAUCCCGCUGCAUCAGCGGUGCGACAAAAGGCUCGACUGUCCUAGAGAUAUGUCCGAUGAAAUGGACUGCAGUUAUGAUAAUUAUACCGAUGUAACAUCAGAUCUUAGGCUGAAGACAUAUCCCAGUGAACAAGUGAUUAAAGAGAACCCGGCGAAGCAAGGUCGCGAAGUCGUAUUUCAAUGCCGUGACGAGGGUCUCCUACGUGCCAGAGUACGUUGGAUUCGCGGCAAUGGUCUUCCUCUGCCGCCUGGCAGCCGAGACAUCAACGGUCGCCUAGAAAUACCCAACAUCCAGCUCGAGCACGCCGGAACUUAUAUUUGCGAAGCCAUGGGUUAUCCACCGUCUACUCCGGGCCGUCAAGUGAACGUCAUUCUCACCGUCGAGAAGUUUGAACAACCGGCCACCAGACCACCACAAGUGUGUCAGUAUGAUCAAGCCACCUGCAGCAAUGGAGACUGUAUUCCCAAAUCAUACGUUUGCGACGGCAAAUUUGAUUGCACCGAUGGAUCUGACGAGAUGCGAUGCAGUCCACACGGCUGCGAGCCCAACGAAUUCCGUUGCAAUAAUAAACAGUGCGUCAGCAAGUUGUGGCGUUGUGACGGCGACAAGGAUUGCGCAGACGGUAGCGAUGAGGAAAACUGCGCGCCGUCUCCCCCGGGAUCCCCAUGCCGUUACAACGAGUUUCCUUGCAAUAGCAACAAACAGUGUAUCCCGAAGAGCUAUCACUGCGACAUGGAGCGCGACUGCUUGGACGGCAGCGACGAAGUUGGAUGCUCUCCCGUUUACAUCGUGAAACCACCACCGCCGAUGGUUGUUCUCGAGCCGGGCGAAAUGUUACUUCUCACUUGCACCGCGAUCGGCGUCCCGAUACCGGAAAUCAACUGGCGACUCAACUGGGGACACAUCCCCGCGAAAUGUACGACCGUGUCCACUAAUGGAACGGGUACACUGACAUGUCCGGACAUACAAAUCCAGGAUCAGGGCGCGUAUUCGUGCGAGGCGUUGAAUGUCGGCGGUUUCGUUUUUGCCGUGCCGGAUGCUAUCCUCGUCGUGAAGGAACCUCGCAAUGUUUGUCCGAAGGGCAAGUUUAAUUCCGAGGCGAAGGUCAUCGACGAGUGUAUCUCGUGCUUCUGCUUCGGCGUCGCCACCGAGUGUCGCAGCGCCGAUCUUUUCACUUAUCAGAUUCCACCGCCGCUUGACCGCCACAAGAUUGUGUCUGUCGAGACUGUUCCGACAAUCAAAAUCCACGGCGACAUCAGCAACCAGAUAUCUCAGAUCCGCCCGAUCGGUCGAGAUGGCGUUCAGCUGCUGGAGUCCUUCAGCAACGAACUGAACGUCUACAACGUUCCUUACUUUGCCCUGCCGGAGAACUAUCACGGUAGUCAAUUAAAAUCCUACGGUGGCUACUUGAAGUAUUCGAUCCGUCACAGCGGUAACGGCACGCCGAACAAUGCACCUACCGUCAUCUUGAGCGGCAACAAUUACAUCCUGGUGCACAAAGGUAAAGAGCCGACGCCAGAAUACGAAACCGAAGAAUCCGUCAGAUUCUUCUAUGGUGACUGGUACAAGCAACAAGGAAGAAGCGAAGUCCCGGCCUCCAGGGAGGAGAUCAUGAUGACGCUGGCAAACGUGGACAACAUCCUUAUAAAAGUGAAAUACAACGACUCGCCGCAGUUGGACGUUCGUCUCACCAACAUCGUGGUGGACACCGCCGAUGCACGAAACACCGGUUUAGGAUCUGCAUCCUUCGUCGAGGAAUGUCAAUGUCCUACCGGAUAUACCGGUCUAUCUUGCGAGCACUGUGCGCCUGGUUAUCUGAGGCGAGAGAGUGGACCGUGGCUUGGCCAGUGUUAUAGAGACGAACCUCCGUGCCCUCCAGGAUACUACGGCGACCCCUCAAGAAACAUCCCUUGCCAGAUUUGUCCUUGUCCGCUUACCAAUCCAUCAAACCAGUUUGCUCGCACAUGUCAUCUUGGAUCUGAUGGGCAACCUACGUGCGAUUGUCCCGCUGGCUACGUUGGACGCAGAUGCGAACAAUGUGCCGCCGGUUAUCAAGGGAAUCCCCUUAUUCCUGGAGAUAUGUGCGUCCCGCUUCAACAAUGCGAUCCUAACGGCAGUCUUAGUCCUAACGCCGAUCCACAUACUGGAAAAUGCCAUUGCAAGCAAUAUGCAACGGGUCUCACUUGCAAUCAAUGUAAGGCGAAUACCUUUAAUCUGGCCUCGACAAAUCAAUUUGGAUGCAUAGCUUGUUUCUGUAUGGGUAUUACAAACAGAUGCGUCUCUUCUAAUUGGUACAGGAAUGAGAUUCGUGUAUCGUUCACCAAUUCGAUUCGAGACUUCUCUCUGAUCGAAUCCAAGAGCACCGAUGCGCCAGCCAUUGUAGAAGGAAUUCACCUAAACACUAUCAGCCGAGAAAUAAUCUACAGCGACUUCCCGAACCGUGGAAACAAUGACGUUUACUAUUGGCAAUUACCCAGCAUUUUCCUAGGGGAUCAAAUAACAUCUUACGGCGGUAAUCUCAAGUACACUGUCAGAUACGUUCCUUCUCCGGGCGGUCAAAGUUCAAGAAAUAACGCCGCGGACGUCGAACUUAUCAGCGCAAACGAUAUCAACUUGCUCUACUACUCUCGCGAGUCUCCCGAGCCAAACUCUCAGCAAUCGUUCACCGUGCCGUUACUCGAGCAAUAUUGGCAACGCAAUGAUGGAACACAAGCGGAUCGAGAGCAUCUUCUAAUGGCUUUGGCAAAGCUCUCCUUCGUAUCUUUGGACACUGCCGAGAAGUACAACACGGGUAAAGCGCGCGCGGUCGAAGUUGAAGAAUGUACUUGCCCUAGCGGCUAUAGAGGACUUUCCUGCGAAGAUUGCAACGUUGGUUAUACAAGAGCCAUCGAAGGUCUCUACUUGGGUAUCUGCGAACCAUGUAACUGCAAUGGUCAUUCAAAUCAAUGCGAUCCUGAGAUUGGCAUUUGCGAGAAUUGCGCUCAUCAUACUACUGGUGAUUAUUGCGAAGUAUGCGAACCGGGAUACGAAGGGGAUGCUAGCCGAGGCACGCCGAACGAUUGCACGUAUAGAAACACCCCCGAGCCAUGCAGAUGCAACGACGCUGGCUCGCACAGCACUUCGUGCGUCGACGGCCGGUGCGAGUGCAAAAGGAAUGUUGAGGGUCCAGAAUGUAAUCGGUGCCGCCCGUCGACAUACGGAUUACGUGCCGAGAAUAUUGAUGGAUGCAUCGAAUGUUACUGCAGCGGGGUAACUGAUCAAUGUCACGAAAGCACAUUGUACAUACAGCAAAUACCGAUGUGGGUGUACGACUCACAUCAUGGUUUCACUCUCACGGACUCGACUAGACGCGACAUAACCGAUGACGGUUUCGAGUUGAACGUGGCUAUGAACGAAAUCGGUUACCGCUAUCCGGAUAGCAGAAGCCGCAGAUUGUUCUGGUCGCUGCCGAGCGUCUUCACCGGAAACAAAGUGAAGAGUUACGGUGGAAACUUGACCCUGACACAGCAUAUCACUGCGUAUCCUGGUGCUCAGAGUUACAAAGAUCAAGAUAUUCUCUUGAUCGGCAAUGGCAUCACAUUGUUCUGGACAAAUCCGACAGAGCUUCAACCCGAUAUUCCGCUGACCUACUCCGUUCCAUUGAAAGAAAACGAAUGGAAACGAUUGACCACCGAAGGACCACGAAGCGCUUCCAGAACGGAUCUCAUGAUCGUUCUCUCGAAUCUGGAAGCUAUCUUGGUUCGCGCGUCCCACAGCGAGCGUAUGACCGCGACAUACAUAAGCGACAUUAGCAUGGAUACAGCCGUGGAGAAUCUAACCGGAGAGCGACGAGCGACUCAGAUCGAAGCCUGCCGCUGUCCAACUGGUUACACAGGAACUUCUUGCGAAAUCUGCACUCGCGGUUAUUACAGAGACACCAACGACCGAUCUGUCAGUUAUCUGGGCGCGUGCAAUCUCUGUCCGUGCAACAAGAACGAGGAGAGCUGCGAGAUCAGCAGAUCCGGUCAGGUCAAAUGCCACUGCCUACCGGGUUACACGGGACAAUAUUGUCAAGACAGUGCCGUCGGUGAGCUCAUGGUAAGCCUAAUGCCUAUGAAAGGCGAAGUUGAACCGUACUCCACGAUCCAAUUUACGUGCAACUAUGACUAUCCAGACAUGUUUUACAUCUAUUUUAAAUUAUCGCCACUUAACGGGUUUGCCAUAACUGCGAGAGGUGACAAACCCAAACAUAUAGUCAAGACAAAGAAAGGAGCUUUCCGCAAAUGGUCUGUCCACGUGGGAGGCACUGCUUGUAACGUCGAGUGUCACAUCGUAAACUACCGUGGCAAAGAACUGGUCAAGAUUGUGACAUCAAUUACGCCAGUUGGAGAACCGCAAACGACUAUUACACCUGGUCCAAUACCUCCACCGAGGAUUAUAGUUUAUAUUCAAGAACCGGAAUUCCAGAUUGUUCACACCGGAAACACCGUCAGAUAUCAUUGCUCGGGCAGAUCCAUAGAUAGCAAUUCAGUGAACAUUAGAUGGGAGAAAGAAGGUGGUCAAUUACCGCCUGGUAGAAGCGUGGACGACGCUAAUGGCCUGUUGGUCAUUAGAGACGUGAAGGUAUCUGAUAGCGGCAUAUACGUUUGUCAAGUGAGCGAUGGAAUAAACAUCGGACGAAAGAGAGUCACUCUAACUGUUGGAGGAGCUAACUCGGUAGAACCUAGAAUCGUUAUAAGUCCAUCGUAUCAACAAGUAAGAGAAGGUGAACCAGUCGAAUUCCGCUGCGAAGCUACUGGUAAUCCGCCACCUGAAUUGGAUUGGAUUCGAGUCCACGGAAGCAUGAGUCCGGAAGCGACAUUCUACAACGGUAUAUGGAGCCUUCCAGCCGCGUCGAAGAACGACGCAGCCGAAUACAAGUGCAUUGCUAAAAACAAUAUUGGCGUGGAUGAGAAGACGACCAUUUUGUAUGUUCAAGACAAUCCUAAUAAGCCGCCACCUCAAGUUUUACCGCCAACCGUGACUCCGUCCGAAUGGUCCGGAACCAUCGGCGAUGUUGUCAGACUAAUUUGUACGCCAUCUCAACAUGCGAACGUCACUUGGACGAGAUCUGGCGGAUUACCGUUGCCUUAUACAGCCAAUCAACAGGAUGGGAUUUUAACUAUAACCAAUCCUAGUCCGAACGAUUCCGGCAUAUACGUGUGUACUGCGACAAGCAUACGAGGAACGGAAACGAGCACUUCCGCUAGAAUAAUGAUAGUUCCUCGCAGAGACCCACCCACUGUCAAAGUCAGACCUGAACGGCAAGAGGUGUCUCAGGGCACGAUUGCCGAGGUGCGUUGCAUUACCAGCGGAGAACCAGGUGUACAAGUGAAAUGGAGCAAAUACACAGAAACGAUGAGUUCGCGUGUGCAACAAGUAGGAGACACGCUUAGGAUCAUUAACGCCCAGGUUUCCGAUCGAGGAGUAUAUAUCUGCCGAGUUACUAGCUCUACAGGCAGUUACGAAGCCAGUGCCAUAAUCGAAGUUGAACCUCGCGAAGCUCCAGUCUUAGAGCUGUAUCCUCAAGACGUCCAGACGGUCAUCCUCGGCGGUUCGGCCGAUCUUCAAUGUCGUGCGAAGGCUGGCUUCCCGGUGCCCGAGUUGCACUGGUCUCGUCAGGACGGCCGACCGUUUGCUUCCAACAUCGAACAGCUUCCUGGCGGACUACUCAGACUGUCGAACAUCACGGUGAACGACGACGGCGCCUAUAUCUGCUCCGCGUCGAACGAAGUCGGCUCAACAUCAGUUAUCGCGCACAUCGAGGUGCAAUCUCUGCCUGUGAUCACUAUUACUCCGAAGCACGGUAUUUUGCAAGUGAAACGCGGAAGUCGUGUCCGUUUAAUGUGCAGCGCAAGUGGUUAUCCGCAGCCUAACGUAGCUUGGAGCAAAUAUGUGCACGGAGUGACUAUACAUGACACAUACAGCAGAACAGCGGCCACUCCACUGAGCGCUGUAUAUGAGAUAUUCUCCGUUUCAUCCGAUGAGCGUAUUCAAAUACGCAUCGACGACGACGAUGAUUAUCCUCCUUGCACUGGCGAGAGAGGCGAUAUUCCGUGCGACGACCAACGUCCUGAUAAUAAAGAUCCGAAUCAACAAGGAGUGUUGAUUCCCAAAGACUACUUGAGGAUCCCGAACGGUGGCAAGGUGGAGAUGCGUUGUCAGGUCCUCGGACUCGACGGUGAUCAAAUCUAUCUGGAUUGGAAGAGGAGCGAUCAUCGUUCGUUGCCGGAAGGUAGCACAGUGCACAACGGAGUAUUAAGCAUUCCGACCGUCGACAGAAACGCGGCCGGGGAAUACAUCUGUUUGGGUUUGGAUCCUGCCGGUACCGUGCUCUUCAGGGCGAAAUCCCAUCUUGAAAUUAUAUCUCCGCCGAGAAUCGAAUUAAAUCCCACGCGUCAGACAGUGGGACCCGGAGAGAAUCCAUCCAUAAUUUGCACCGCCACGGGAGACGAACCUCUGCAUAUCGUGUGGGACGCUAUAGGACGUCCGUUGCCGUAUUCAGUAUCGCACAAUCGCGGCAUCCUACAAUUCCAUGGUAUCACCUAUUCCGAUGCCGGCAAAUACGUGUGCAAAGCGACGAACGGAGCGGGAACAGCGGAAGCGGUAGCAGAAGUUUUAGUCAAUGAACAUCCUUACGACGACACAGAAGUUCGCGCUGAACAGAGAGACGUGGUGACGCAUGCUGGCAAUUCCGUGCGUUUACGUUGCGUGGUACGCGAACGUGCGACGAUUCAUUGGAGUCGAGAGGGACAAGCCUUGCCGAGCACCGCGCGAAUUGGAGAAGAUUACUUGGAGUUGACGCAAGUGAAACCAGAAGACAGCGGAAGAUACAUCUGUCAAGCCCAAACCAGCCGCGGUGUAUCCAGCGAUUAUAUUAAUUUCAACGUAUCUCUAGUUAAUUUGCUUGCGGAUUGCAUGCCAGUGUACCGAUCGCAGUGCAGGCACUGGGAGUAUGAAUGCAGAAGUCUACAAUGCAUUCCAAUGGAAUACUUUUGCGACGGAUAUGUUCAGUGCAACGAUGGUACUGAUGAACGCUUCUGCCGCAACGCGCGCUAUCGCCAAUAUCUUCAGAGACGACGCGCUGCCGUCGUGCCAUCAAUUAGCGUCGAGGUAUCUCAAGAUCCAGUAAACAUCGGUGAUACAGUUGAUAUACAUUGCACAUGUACUGGACGAAGCCCACGUUAUCACUGGUCGAGACCGAAUCAUGUGAGCCUGCCAACAAACGCGCAAGAAUAUGGCAAUGUCCUGAGACUAACUAAUGUAGCUGUCACCGAUAGUGGACCUUACAGAUGCAUAGUAGACACGCCCGAGGGUACAUUCGAAAAGGACUUCAAUCUGAUUGUUCAUGGCGGAAUUCUCGAUGAACCAGCGAUUGAAACGAAAUUUGCGCCGCACGGAUCGAGUCUAGAAAUGGAUUGUCGUAUCGAUCUUGAUCCACCAAUACAAUUUCAGUGGAGUAAACUUGGUGGACUUUUACCACGUGAUACCCAGACUUUGGAAAACAAAUUAAAAUUAACUAACGUCAAAGCUGAGGAUGCUGGAACAUACAUUUGCGUUGGAUAUAAUGGACAAGCGCGAGUAGAAGUUCCUACGGUGCUGGUCGUAACAGGAGUCGUGCCUAAUUUUAGUCAGGCACCCGAAAGCUACAUCGCUUUUCCGCCUUUACCCGACUCCUACCUUAAGUUCAAUAUCGAAAUCUCUUUCAAACCAGAAAAUUACGACGGCAUUCUAUUGUACAACGCCGAGUCCGUUCAUGGCAACGACGACUUCAUUGCUUUAUCUCUAGUUAAUGGAUAUCCGCAAUUUAAAUUCAAUCUUGGAUCUGGACCAGCUAUUGUCCGCGCGGAUAAGCCCGUUACCUUGAGCGAUUGGCAUACCAUCAAGAUCCAACGUAAUCGGAAGGAGGCAACGAUGCUGGUAGACGGCGAGAGCUCUUACAAGGUGAUUGCAGUAGGCAGGCGUCAAGGUCUGGAUCUCAAAGAGCCCCUCUACAUCGGCGGAGUGCCGAGCUACAGUGAGAUCAACAAACAGUCCGAGGUGAACACAGGCUUCGUCGGAUGCAUCAGCCGGCUAGUCCUCGGAGAGAAGCAGGUUGAUCUGAUCGGCGAUCAGACAGAUAGUGUGGGAAUCACAAGCUGCGAGACUUGCGCCGAAAAUCCAUGUAACAACGGCGGUGUAUGCCAAGAAGCGGCUACGAAGAACGGCUACACAUGUCUGUGCCGAGCUGGUUUCAGUGGCAAACACUGCGACUACGUCGGACAAUCCUGUUAUCCAGGUGCGUGCGGAGAAGGUAAAUGUGUCGACAAGGAUAUCGGCUUCGAUUGUUAUUGUCCGAUCGGAAAGACGGGAUCACGAUGCGAGCAUUCGGUGAACAUUCACGAUCCAGCUUUCCGUAAUGAGAGGGCUUAUCUCGCGUACGAGACUCCGAAAGCUCUUAGACGGCUUAAGGUAACCAUGAGUUUUAACCCUACGGACUCCGGGGAUGGAAUCUUGAUGUAUUGUUCUCAAAAUGACGAAGGCCUCGGAGAUUUUGCAGCGCUCAUAAUAAAGGACAAGCACAUUGAAUUCCGCUUCGAUAUCGGCUCCGGAAUGGCAACCAUAAGAUCACCUUAUGCAAUCCAACCUGGUGUAUGGACGUACGUAACGAUGAAUCGAGACUUCAAAAAAGCCAAAUUGUCAGUGAACAGCGAGCCAUUUGUGGAAGCUGAAUCACCCGGAGCUUCCAGAACCAUGAUCUUAAAUACACCUCUUUACAUCGGAGGAGUGGAUCGCAGAAAAAUCACGAUCAAUAGGAACGUUGGUGUCGACCAUAGUUUUCGUGGAUGUAUAAGCGAACUCGAAGUUUUGUCAGUCAGUUUGGACAUAUUGAAAUCAUCGAUUGACGCAGCCAAUAUCGAGAACUGUUCGAUGUCUCAGCUGAAUCAGACAAUAAUGCAUACUACUAUCACAACUUUGGCACCAUCUACUCAGCCGCCAACAACAUUGUUCGAUCCUUGCGCAUGGAACCCUUGCAUCCACGGCAUAUGUCAAAGUUCAAAUAUGUAUGAUUAUUCGUGUACAUGCGAAUACGGAUAUGUGGGCAGAAACUGUGAGAAUGUAUUGAAGCAAUGCGAAUUACUUACACCGUGUAAAAAUGGGGGUUCUUGCACCGAUCUUCACGGAUCUUACAAAUGCGAUUGUCGCCUCGGUUACAACGGACAGAACUGCGAAAAGUUGGCAGAGAUCACGUACGAUGUUGCCUUCAAAGGAGAUGGCUGGUUGGAACUAGACAGAUCUGUUAUGACGCACGAAGAAGAACGUGAAGUUUUAGGCCUUGAAAUCAGUACAAAUAAGAGUAACGGACUGAUUAUGUGGCAUGGUCAAACCUUGAAUGAUCUAACACCCGAUGAUUACAUCGCCGUUGCUGUAGUAGAUGGAUACGUAGAGUAUCAGUACAAUUUAGGCUCCGGUCCCGCUGUAAUUCGCGUCACCGCUCAGCGGGUCGAUGACGGAGAACGACAUAGAAUAAUUCUGAAACGUCAAGGAAGCGAUGGUAGCAUCGAAUUGAACGGCGAGCACACCGAGAGCGGUGUAAGCGAUGGACUUCAACAGAUCUUGAACGCAAGAGGUAGCGUUUACUUGGGCGGAUUGCCGGAUUACGCGAUGGCUUACGGAAGAUACCAUGACGGAUUCUCCGGUUGCAUUUACACUUUAGAGGUACAAGACUCAGGGGCUAUCGAUAUCGGCGAGAAGGCUAUCAGAGGAGUAAACGUAUCGCCGUGUACGAGAGUAAGAUGGAUUCCAUCUUCACUCGUAUUCACAGACGCAGACGCAGAUGUAUUCGAUGCGUUUGUCCCACCGCCACCGGUGAACAUUAUUCAUCCGAAACCCGCGUCCAAUCUGGCCGCGUGUGACAUAACGAGUUAUUCAUUGUUAAUUAUACUUCAAAAUUUGAUUGCUUUGACUAGAGAUAUUAAGGAACAAAGUGUACUUUUCGCGCUAUUAUGCGUAGACGCAAUUAACGUUUUCAAGGGCUUAUUAAGCUAAAUAAUAGAGUGUUAUAUAAUACUACAUAAAAUAUAUUCUCGAUCUAACUUGUCGGAAAUACAUGUUUCUCUUUAGACCAAGAACGGCGAUUAUUAAAUCGAACACCAAUGUAUAAUAUUUUAAAAGAUAUGUAUUUCCACAAGUUUGCAUACGAUAUGUAUCUAAUAAAUUUGUAAAUUGUUUAAUGCUUAACCGACAUAUCGGAAAUACUGCGGCGAAACUACGUGAUCGAACUGAUAGACCUCCCACACGUGGUGACCUCAGCUAAGAAAAUGAUCUGCAUCUGAAAAACGUUAUUGCGAGUUCGUAUUGUUAUACAAGCGGUAGUACAGUUGAUGUAAAUGUUGAAUCUAAAAGCCAAAAGUAUAGUCAUUAAAUUUUUCAUACAUAUCUAAUGUUUUGAAAAAAAACAUUACAAGAUAGAGGAUCAAAAGCAAAUCUGAUAUCAUAGCUAAUCAAACGUUGUCAGAACAUUAAGAUAUAUAUAACAUUAAAAGAUACAACUUUUCGAUUACGAUAAGAGAAUAAUUUUGUGGAUGGGAUAUCCUGCUCAUAUAAAAAUCGAAAAGUAACACACAUAUUUAACCAAUAAAGAAAUACAUGUAUUUCUUUAACUCCACGGUUUGUAAACGAUUUUCAGUGAGACAGAGCGUGAAAAAUACGAAAGUGAUUGUUACUAAACGAGCAACAAAACAAUUUUAUAUCCGUAGAUAUACAGAAUCCAUCAUGCAUUAAUGUAUCGCUAUCGAUAUUUUAUAAUCAAGAUAACUAUAAUGUUUUAUACUGUUUUAUUUAUAUAAAAAGAUUGAAACAUUUAAUUCGCAAAUAAUAAAUUGUUAUUUUAAAAAUGCGAGAAAAAUUUAUGCAUUUAGAAAAUCACUCUCAAACUAUCAGUUAAUAUAAAAAUAAAAAAUUCUCAUGUUUUUCCCGUUUUUUCUCAUGUUUCUUGUAAUCAGUUUUGUCUUAUUUUUGGUAAUAAUUACGAACAGCUAAUGCGAUGACUGAUAUAAAACGAAAAUGUGUUAAUGAUAAAGUGUAUAGUCUAUAAUUUUUCACUGCCAUGUGCUAAUUUAUUCAUAUUCGUAAUAUGACAAAACAGGUUUGCGUCAAAUAGGAUAAAUAUUAUUCACUAGAGUAUGAGUGUAAUCAAAGUUUUAAUAAGACUUUGAGAUAUCUCUCCCAUUACCAAAAAGACAAUAAAUUCUCAUCACAGCCAAAGUUAUUUCGUUGGGGAAACAGAAAACGACUUUCUCUAUAUCGUAUUAGAUAUCGAAUUUUCACAAAGAAGUUGGAAAGUAUGCGCAAAGAUUUAUAUAUUUAUAACACAAAAAGUUAUCUUUCAUUAAAUAUUAUAGAUUAACAUGAACAAGAAGAUCCUUC